AUGCAACCAGAAUCCACCAGGCAUGUGUGUGGAUCUCAGCCGGGGAUCAGGAGGGUGCUCCAGACCCAGACAGGGGCCGCACGGGAUCAGAACAGCCAGAAUGGAGGGCCCUGCGAGCCGAGGCCCAACAUGAUGACCCCGUCCCCCCCUACAUCUGAAUCCUACCACCAAGGCAACGUCAGGAUGACCCUGGAAAAGGCUGACCUCUGGAAGUCCUUCCACAACCUGGGGACUGAGAUGAUAAUCACCAAACAUGGCCGGAGGAUGUUUCCCCAUUGCAACGUCAGUCUAUCUGGACUCCUACCCUAUACCAACUAUGUCCUCAUGGUGGAAAUGGUUCCGGUGGACAACUCCAGAUACAGGUGGAAUAAAGGCCAGUGGGACAUGGCUGGGAAAGCCGAGCCCCAGCUCCCCUGUCGGACGUACGUGCAUCCAGACUCCCCCACCCCGGGCUCCUACUGGAUGAAACAAUCUGUGUCCUUUCUCAAGCUCAAACUCACCAACCACACACUGGACCAGCACGGCCAUAUCAUCCUGCACUCUAUGCAUCGCUACAUCCCACGCUUCUCUGUGGUCCAGGCUGACAGUCUGCACAGUGUGCGCUGGGGACAAUUCCAUUACUUCUCCUUCCCUGAGACCUCCUUCACUGCAGUCACGGCCUACCAGAACACUAAGAUCGCUAAACUGAAGAUUGACCACAACCCCUUUGCUAAAGGAUUCAAAGGGGAGAACACCCGUACUCAUAGCAAGAGGGCAAAAUUAGACUGUGAGCCAGCAGAACGGGGGAUAACCUUGGGAACAACGGAGAACAUGGUGUCGGCUAAGGAGGAUCUCUUCUCCCCCUGGGCCAUAGAACAGGACCCGUCCCAGAGCCACAGCCUGCACACUGAACUACUGGAGCUCCACGACCACAGACAGGACUACAGCACCGAGGAGCAGAUGGUGCCUGGCCCUGCAUCUAUGUCCUCCCAACCAUGCAGAUCUGUUGAGCAUGGCAGACUUCCAUCUCCAUCUUCUGUAGUGGAGGAUUGCAAAGGCAGGCGCAGCUAUGAGUCUCACCUCCGUGAUGUAGCCACUGUCCCUGGGCACAAGACUAACAGUCCUGGCCCUGUCAGGGACAUGGGACACACCCCCUUGGCUCAAGCUAUGCCCCAGGACUAUAGAAUGUCACCUGUCCAUCUGCCCACGUCCUCCAAAACCUACCCUGGGUACCUGGGUUACAGUUACCCCCUCUAUGGCCACUACACUACUAACCAGGGCAUGGGUCAGUGGAGUGAGGGUGGUACAGGACAGUACCCUGGACAGUCCUUGACUCACCACCUGCCCUUCUUCACCAGUCAAACACUGACUGCAGACCACGGCACCCACCAACGCAGCGUCCAUCACCAUGGCAACACAGAGGCAGAGUGGAGCUGGAGCCAGUACUUGAGUUUGGAUAAUGAUCAGAAUAGCUGA